UUGUUCUUCCUGAAACACACCCGUUUAAAUAAUUGUGAUACAAUCGCUGUAUCCUCUGCUAGUCGUUAUAUACGAGGGUUAACUUAGAAAAUCCCCGGAUUAUUUUUCUUAAAAACACACAAGCAGAGAAAAGAAAGGAGAAAUUUCCAGUAAAAAAGAGAGAUCGAAAUAGAAAGAAGAAGAAGAAAUCCAUUUAUCAAUCCGUAUUAAAUAAUCCAGUUUGAUCUACUAUACGCGUGUUCAUAAUGGCAGCAAGAACUCUUGGAAUGAUUCAAGAUGAGAAUUUGCAUACUCACUUUCGAGGCCCAUCUCGAAAGGCAUUGACCAACAUUACAAACUCUUCAAAGCUAUCUCCACAUAAGGCGGCAUCAAAGAAGAAUCUGUUGAAGAAAUCUGAUAAUACCAUGGAGCAGAAUGGUUUGUAUAUGAAUCCUGGUCUCAUCAAUUCAAAUACGAAAUCAAAUUUCAAAGGGGAUGCUGUUGGGGGGAAACUAAAAGUUCUUUCAGAUGGUCAAAAGAAAGCAGGACUAGGUGGUGGUGUUAGGAAAGCACUGCGCGACAUUACAAACUCGAGGAAGUUGUCUCUUAAUCAGGAGCCAAAGAAGAAUAAUCCUAAGAAAUUGAAUGGCAUUGCUGGAGAAAGGUUCCUACACGAUCAUCAGAAAUGUAUUAAAUCACAGAAUUCUGAAAUGGAUGGGAAGUUGCUUCUUAAAACACUUGGAUUUGAUGAUGAUUUCUCUGUGCAAUGGUCUAAGCCAGGGUUAGAUCCAGCUCUGUUACCACCAAAGGUUGAUUCGUUCAGCUCUUUAAUGCUUUUGGAGUAUGAUGAGAUUCCAGAGUUACUUUAUGAAGUUCGAUCCCCACCGCGAUGCCGAACCCCUGAUCACCAGAUUUCCUCUCCCUCGAUGAACCGAUAUGCAUUAUCUGCUUCUCUAAUGUUGCUUGGAUCCCCAUAACUGUUCAUUUUGACAAUAAGACCGAGAGAUUAUGAAGAUCAAACUUGAACAUUCUUGUAGCCUUUCACUACAACAUAAAGACAUGGCCCAAAGUUUUCAAGGAUUGUCGUUAUAAGGUUGGGAAUGGCAGCACAAACAAGUUGGGGAACGGCAGCAGUAUCUAUUGCGCGUUGUAACUCAUGGAAUUUCAAAUACAUCUCUUCUGUGUAGUACGCUACACGCCAAGGCCACAGAUAGAACUUGUGAUUAGUAGCCUACUUGGACAUACUUAAUUGCAAGGAAUGAAGAGGAGUUGCAGACAAAGAUGCGAAACAAAGGAAUCUGAUGAUGAGUUGACUAAAGCAAAUUUAGAGAUUGUUGCUUUUCACGAUUAUAGUGCCCUUAACUAUACUGGCUUGGGGAAGAUACUAAAAAAAUAUGAUAAGCGAACAGGGGCUUCAUUCGUUUGCCCUUCAUCCAGAGGGUUUUGCAGCAGCCAUUCUAUACCACAGACCUGCGUUACAAACUGGUAAAGUAGCGCAAAAUAAUACUUGAUCACCUCUUUCCCAUCAACAACGAGCCAUCAGUUCCAACAUCUGAAAUCGCCGGUACCACCCCUAAUCCUGCCAGGCUGCCACAACUGUUGUUCUCACCCUCACAUAGAAAGGCAAGUCAUUGCUCAGAGGAAUAACAUUUAAAGAAAGCAAAGGUUGUCGUCACACGACAAACGUCAAUUCGACUGAUCUUGUUUUAGUAGGCCUUUUUUUUCCUUCAAAAAAAUAAAAGUUUUAGUAGGCCUUAAAUGUGGGCACCAAUUGUUUUUGUUUUUCGUUGGAUUUUUUCCUCCGAUCGCUCGUUUGUGUGGACGAAUUGGAUGUGAUUUGGGUUGCUCCACAUUAUUUUAGCUGCAUAUUCUUUUUAUUCAUUGGAUUUCUUUUUUGAUGAUU